GGGGUUUUCUUAACUUUUACUGUAACAUUUACUACAAAUGUUAUUUAAAAAAAUGUCUUGCUUUAAAAAGUCAUCUGUAGUAUUAGCUAUGACUGCAUGUAGCAAAAUGAUUUCAUCAGAGUCAUUGUACAGGAAACACCCCUUUUCUUAUUUGUGCUGAACAUUUUUGCUUCACAAUGUCACUGUUGUUCCCUUCUCAUUCAAAAGAUUUUGGAUCAUGAUUUCAAUCGAGUUGGUACUGUUGUCAUUUAAGCUACUUUUGGGAUAAAUGCAAGCAUUUCAUUGAGGUUUCUGGAGGCUUAAAGCUUUCUCCAAGUACUACAGCUUUCAUAGUGCUCAGUGUCAGUGCUGUUUGAGGGAGAAUGCAGUCAAACAUAAGGGUGUAUUUCCUCCCAGCUGAUGUUCCUGCAUGGUUCCAUGCAAUAACUGCCGUCUCAAUCUACACUGUCUUUAUCAGAAAGAUUCAAGCAAGCUCUGUGCACGUUCUUAGUUACCCAAAAGCUAGGGAACUGUGCUAGCAGUGUUGUGCACGUGCUGAUUUCUCCUGUCUCUCAGUAGGAUUCAUAGCUCAGGCUUUGCACUGUCAAGAUAUUUAUCAUUUUUGGCUAUUUCAGAGCACUGGCAGAAGAAUCUCAUGCCUGUCCACGAAGUAACGUGUAGAUAAACCCUUAAACUGAGUAGCUGUAAGUGUAGUCAAUUAUCUUGUUUUAAAGUGAUCCUAUAAAAAUCAUGCUUGACUGCAAUGGCAAGUUUGUUCUUUGGAGCACUGGGACCUGUUCUGUGGAGGCUAAGAAACAUCUCGUUUUGUCAGAGGAAAAACAUUGAUACUUGUUAUAAAAGUCUUGCUUGAACAUAUCUCACGUGAAAAGACUUUUUAAAUCUUCUUUCUUUUUAUAAGCUGCCUAUAACUUGAUAUGUCCCUGCUCUAAUUUAUUUAAAAGGUCUUUUUGAAUCCAGAGUGGCAGAUGCUCCAGUUCAACCUUCCCAAAGGAGCACUUCUGUGGGAGCCAGUGCCUUGUGUCCUUUCCAGCGACAAAGCUUCUUUGACCAAGUGCAUCAGUCACUAAAGAAAGACAGCCUGGCCAUCGAAUCAGCCCUGCGUGUACAGAGACCACGCAGUACCUCCAGUGCACAAGCUGGGAGAUUCACAAAUCUAAGUCUUCUAAAAGACAAAAGCAUUUCAAAAUCUGUGCGUAACAGUGCAUCUCAGGAGAGGUGGGAAGAGAUGGACCUCAACAAGGCCAAGAUUGAGCACAAAAGGCACCAAGAGGAAGAGAGGCAGUUGAAGAGGCAGCAGCAGCAAGAGGCAGAUGCUGUCCGACGUCAGCUGCACAGGAACAACCAGAGGCAGCGAUUGUAUCAGAGAAUGUUGCAAGGGUUGGAGAAACAGCUGGAGCACAAAAACAGAGCUUUGCAGCACAUGGCACUGCUGCAAGCUGCUCAAUCAGAGAGGAGCAAGAAGGAAUCCUUCUUGGCAGAGGAGGAGAACAGAAAGUUAAAUCAGAGGCUGCAGUUCCUGCAUACACAGCGACUGCAGAGAGAGAAUCUUCUUGCAGAACUCAAUGAGCGGAGCUUUGAACAAGAAAAAGGAAGGCUGCUAAGGGAAAUCUCAAGGAAAUACUGUACUGUAUUUCCAGCAGUAGCACCAUCUGGGGUAUUUAUCUUUCUCUCCUGUAUAUCCAGUAUAAUUGUAUCAUUUGGAGAGACGUACGUGAAAACUAUUAUUUCUUUAACGUGCAUAAAGAUUAAAGAUAGGAAUUUAAUCUGUAUCUGUGAUGGGAGUAGUCUUCCUGCAUAUAAAGAAUUAUCAUAGAAUCAUAGAAUGGUUUCGGGUGGAAAGGACCUUCAAAAGUCAUCUCGAUCAACUUCCUGCCAUGGCAGAGACAUCUCUUACUAGAUCAGGUUGCUCGAAGCACCAUCCAGCCUUACCUUGAAUACUUCUAAAGAUGGGGCAUCUACAAUUUCUCUGGGCAGCCUGUGUCACUG